AUGGCACCAUCGAACUCGGACGUAGCCGUCAUCUUCGGCGUCGGCUCCAACAUCGGCACAGCGCUCGUCAAGGGCUUCGUCGACGCCGGAUAUCGCGUGGCUACGGUCUCGCGCUCCAGCCCGUCGUCGGCCGACACCUCGUCCAACCCCCUGCAUAUCCAGGCUGACAUCUCAGACCUAGCGGCGGUCACAGGAGUGUUCGACAAGAUCAGGUCGGCGGGCCUGGAGUUCCCCUCGGUCGUGAUCUGGAACGCAGCGGGACUCACACCUCCCCAAGAGCCAGAAAACCCGUUGUCCAUCGCGGACUCAGACCUGGACCGGGACCUGAACAUCAUGAUCAAGUCGCCGUAUGUUGCCGCCAGGGAGGCCGUCAAGGUGUGGCAGGAACGGGAGGGCAAGGACGGCAGGAAGGGCACAUUCAUCAUGACUGGCAACCUGCUGCCCAAGACGAUCCCCCCUGUUGCCUUGUACACGUCGCUCGGGAUCGGGAAGUCUGGUGCGAAUUUCUGGGUGGGCACAGCCGACGGUGUGCUCAAGAGCAAGGGAAUCAGAUUCUUCUUUGCCGACGAGAGGACCAAAGACGGGGGACCAGUAGGCAAAACACCAGACGGUGAAUCGCAUGCGAAGGUCUACCUUAGUCUGGUAGAAGGGAAGGAAGACCUGCCACAUUAUGUCACAUUUGCCGAGGGAAAGUACCGCAAUUUCGAUUAA